UCUCAUUUGGAGCUUUGGGUUCCCUCGCAACUUGAUACCAUCGAAGAGGUCUUAUUUCCUAACAUUUAAAAUAGGCUUUCGCUGUUUCCAAUAGUUUUGCUUUCAAAUCGUUGGGGCCUCUUGAUAAAGGGCGGGUAAGAAUUGAUUGUUUCCUAAUAAAAGAAGCCGUGAAUUUCAUAUCUGUGGCAAGCAGGGGAAAAACGGUGACUGUUGUAGAAUGAUUAACUGGAAUGCAAGGAGGAGAAAGGAGCUUUGCAAAAAGACCCCUGGCUUGUGGCAGUGUCUGCCGGGGCACGGCUCAUUUCCCCCUCCCUUUUGCCCAAUCGGUGCAAAGCCUGAGCUGCCCAGACACAGAAGAAUUCGCUCUUUGCUGACCUUUGGUAUCGAUGCAAGGCAGACUUGUGUAUCGAUGCCUGCUGUGCAUUCCCACACCCCAGGGCAAAACAGGACAAAGGAGUUUGGCAAGGUGAAUCUGCUGGGGAAAGUGCCCGCCUUGAAGGAUGGCGACUUCACCUUGGCAGAGAGCAUUGCCAUCCUCUUGUACCUAGCAAGGAAAUUCAAGACCCCUGACCAUUGGUACCCCUCGGACCUGCAGAAGCGAGCCCGCGUGGACGAAUAUCUGUCUUGGCAACACAUGGCCACGCGAAUGUGUGGCACCAAACUGUACCUGGCAAAGGCUUUGCUGCCUCUCUUCCUGGGACAUCCUGUCCCUCCUGAAAAGAUUGAAGAAGCCCUCGAGAGUCUGAAAGAGACCCUGAAGCUGUUUGAGGAGAAGUUCCUCCAGGACAGGCCCUUCAUCGCUGGCACGGAAAUCUCCUUGGCAGACUUGGUGGCCAUUGUAGAAAUCAUGCAGCCCGUAAGCGCCGGCUACGACGUCUUUGAAGGUAGACCCAAGCUGGCCGCCUGGCGCUCCAGAGUGGAAGAAGCUGUGGGGAAGGACCUCUUUACCGAGGCCCACAGGGAGCUCUCCAAAGCCAAGGAUGUGACGGAGGAUCAACUCCCUCCUGAAAUGAGGGAACAAAUCAAGCAGCACUUGCUGAAGUAUAUGAAGUAAACGCCAUUGGGGGGCAGAGUCCCCCUCAAUAAAGCUCAAGAACCAACCAA